AUGAAGCUCAGUCCGCAGACGAUCGCCGCGAACAUCGCCGCGGCGGCUGCCGAACUGGAGGAGCAGGCAGCGGCGGCGGCAAACAGUUCAAAUUCGACUUCCACGACGACCACAACAACAGGCAACAAAAGCGGCGGAGGCAGCGUCGGCAACAGCAACAACAACAACAACCACGGCGAGACAGUCAGCGCGAUGGUUUCCACGGCGUCCACAGGCAGCUCCGCUGGUAGUGCUGGAGCUAGUGGUGGUGGGGCAAUGAUUGGCAGCAGUACCGCUCAGCCUGGUGGCCAGCACAACUCCACGUCCACCUCCAACAGCAACACCAUCGGCGGCACAAUGAACCAAAAUCAGGCGCAACAGCAGCAGCAACAACAACAGAAUCAACUUCAGGCACAGCAAGCCCAGCAACAAGCUCAGCAGCAGCAAGUGCCCGCCAAUCCGCCGGGCAAGUCGACGCCAAAGGACACCCAGGUGGUGGCGGCCAUCCUCAAGGAGAUGGGCAUCACCGAGUACGAGCCUCGUGUCCUUCCGCAACUGGUGGAGUUUGCCUACCGCUACGCGUCACGUGUCCUCGAGGAUGCCCAGCUCUUCUCCUCGUACGCGAAGAAGAAAAACAUCGACAGCGAUGACGUCGGCAUCGCCGUGCAGAUGCAGAUGGAGCGCGCCUUUGUGGGGCCGCCGCCGCGGGACGCCCUCCUCGAGAUUGCCCGCAACAAGAACAACCAACCGCUGCCGCCUAUCAAGUCACACAAUGGCAUGCGUCUGCCCGCAGACCGCUACAGCCUGGUGGCGCCCAACCUCCGCCUGGUCUCCACUGGCAACAGCGCUGGUGGUGGCAGCCACAUCGGCGGACAGGCCCAGGGCAAUGCCAAGGGCCAGAUGAUGAUGGGGCAGGGGGCAAGGCCUCGCCCCAGCGCCAGCUCCUCGUCCAUGCUCACGAAGACGGUGUUUGCGGUGAAAACGCCCGCCCACAUGCUGCAGCAACAGUCCUCCUCAUCCAACACAGCCUCCGCCGCCGCCAGCAACUCCGAAGCUCUAAUGGGCGUCAAGCGACGGCUCGAUGAGACGUAG